GGCAAAUCUCUUCCUAUUUGUUUCUCACUCUCUUUCUCUUUUAAGAAAAAAAACAAUGGCGGUGUAAGCCUGAGCUAACCAAUACCCUAAUGUCAGCGACAAUGACAUAUCUGCCCUCAUGAAUGGACCCUACUUUUAGUCUACAACCAGCGGCGCAAUUAGUCUUUACGUGGUUUCCAAGCUCACCCACCACCCUACUCCUCCUCCUCCUCCUCCUCCUCCUCCUUCUUCUUCUUCUUACUCAUCUUCUCUCUCAUCAAUCUUCCCCUAACUCAACAACCUCCCAAUCUCAAUCUCUUUUACUAUAAAAACAAAUCUACACUCAACUCUUCCUCCAUAUUUGUAUCUCUCUUUCUCUAACUCUUCCCAUUCCACCUUGUCAAAUUACCUUUUAUUUUUCUCACCAGCCAAUCACCUGCACAUACAUAGAUCUCCUCUCAAUAAAAUAUAAUAAAGAUCUGUCACAAACAAAUAUUAUUUAAAAACCAAAACAUGAAAGGUGAAUAUUUGGAACCCAAAACCGCGAACUCUCCCGGCAUGUUCUCAAAGCUUCAUCAUCAACAACACCAUCAGCAUCCUUUCUCUCAUCACUUUCAGCUUUCGCGUGACUCUCCGACUUCUGAAGAAGAAACCAACAGCCACAACUCUGCAUCUGCAGCCACCCCUGCGCCUAAACUCAAGCAACAUGAGCCCGGCGAUGGAGCUACUAUUGAAGUUGUUCGGCGCCCAAGAGGCAGGCCACCGGGCUCCAAAAACAAGCCUAGACCCCCUGUUUUUAUCACACGCGAGCCCGAAACUGUGAUGAGCCCUUACAUUCUUGAAGUCGCUGGUGGGAACGACGUCGUUGAAGCUAUUUCAAACUUCUGCCACCGCAAGAGUCUUGGAAUCUGUGUCCUCUCCGGCUCUGGAACCGUCGCUAACGUUACUCUCCGUCAGCCUUCCCCAACUCCUGGCGCCACGAUAACCUUUCACGGAAGAUUUGAUGUUCUCUCCAUAUCCGCGACGUUUUUGCCGCAGAAUGGUGCAUGUCUUCCGGUACCAAACAUAUUUGCGAUUUCUUUGGCGGGGCCACAGGGGCAGAUCGUGGGAGGAUCCGUGGUGGGCCCACUAAUUGCGGCUGGGACGGUGUUCUUGGUCGCAGCUACGUUUAAUAAUCCAUCGUAUCAUCGACUGUCUGUUCAGGAUGAGCCAAGGACUUCGGUUUCCGGUGGUGGUGAAGGGCAAUCGCCAGUUGGUUCUAGUGGUGGUGGUGGCGGCGGUGGGGCCGAGAGUGAACAAGUGGCGGGUGGAGAGUCAUGUGGUAUGUCCAUGUACAGUUGUCAUUUGCCUGGUGACGUGAUAUGGGCACCCACAGCUAGACCACCGCCACCGCCUUAUUGAGUUUUUCUCUUUUUUUCUCUUCUACUGUCUCCCGUGAAUUAAUUAAACAAUAGAUUUACGUUUAAUUUGGUGGCUAGUGCUUCUUCAUUGUGAAGAUGCUCCAUGUUCAAUUUCAGAAUUCCAUGUUGAAUGUUAAUGAUCUAGUAAUAUUUGUUUUUGUUGAAUAUAAAAGAGAAGUGAUAAGCCAGCUGGUGUCUUUAAUGCUGGUAAUCUUACGUCAAAA